UUUUCCGUUUUAAAAAUCCGUACGAAAUUCAACUUCACAUUUUGACUUUUGUGCAUUGCACUAACUGCCAACUUCGGACUUGUUUCACGUCAAAAAUAAUAUAAAUGGCGCACCGCAUCGUUUUUGUUUCUUCAGUCGUAAAUAAAUGAAAAUUGCAAUAAAAUCAAUUUUUGUAUCAUCGAAACCACUUGAAUUUGCAUUAAAUUUAGUCUAAACAAUAAGUGAUAGUGCAACAGUACAAAAUGACACCAUGAUUUUGACACUAAAAUCGUAUUUUUGUGUAUCGAACGAAAUGAAUUUGUAGUGAGCGCUGCAAAUAAUAAUUUAUUUUGAAGUCCCAAGUAUAAAUUUGUGUUUUUAUUUUUGCAAACAUCAUGUCAUCAUCUGGAACUGGUAAACGAAAAGAAAUCUACAAAUAUUUAGCACCAUGGCCACUGUAUUCGAUGAACUGGAGUGUUCGGCCAGACAAACGAUUUCGAUUGGCGCUGGGCAGUUUCAUCGAAGAGUACAAUAACAAAGUCCAGAUCAUCAGUUUGGAUGAAGAAACCAGUGAAUUCAGUGCGAAAAGCACGUUUGACCACCCAUAUCCAACAACAAAAAUUAUGUGGAUACCCGAUUCGAAAGGCAUUUUCCCAGACUUAUUGGCGACAAGUGGCGACUAUCUACGAGUAUGGCGAUCCGGCGAACCAGACACACGACUCGAAUGUGUCUUAAACAACAACAAAAACAGUGACUUCUGUGCACCGUUAACGUCAUUCGAUUGGAAUGAGGUCGAUCCGAAUUUGGUUGGUACAUCGUCAAUUGACACCACCUGCACGAUUUGGGGACUGGAAACUGGCCAGCCGUUAGGACGUGUAAAUCUGGUUGCCGGGCACGUUAAAACCCAGCUGAUUGCGCACGACAAAGAGGUGUAUGACAUAGCAUUUUCGAGAGCCGGUGGCGGUCGUGACAUGUUUGCGUCGGUUGGUGCUGACGGUUCGGUUCGGAUGUUCGAUUUGCGUCAUCUGGAACAUUCAACGAUAAUUUACGAAGAUCCUGCACAUACGCCUUUGCUACGACUAGCGUGGAACAAACAAGAUCCCAACUAUUUGGCAACCGUUGCGAUGGACAGUUGUGAAGUGAUAAUAUUGGAUGUACGAGUUCCGUGCACACCAGUGGCCCGGCUAAGCAAUCAUCGUGCGUGUGUGAACGGAAUCGCUUGGGCACCGCAUAGUGUUCGUUUUAGUUCUUGUCACAUCUGUACGGCUGGCGACGAUCAUCAGGCAUUGAUCUGGGAUAUACAACAGAUGCCUCGGGCUAUCGAGGAUCCAAUAUUGGCGUAUACAGCGGCUGAAGGUGAAGUCAAUCAGAUUCAGUGGGGUGCAACGCAGCCGGACUGGAUUGCGAUUUGUUAUAACAAAGCAUGUGAAAUAUUACGAGUUUGAACGAAAAAGUGGAAGCAGCUAUAGUUAGUUUGUACGUGCUCAGUUCUCAUCCGGUCGGGAGUGGGGGGGAGGUAGGAGUUUCGAAAGUGAUUUGUUUUUUUUUGUUUUUUGCUCUUCCCACCUUUUGUGUUUUUGCAAGGAUUUGUUUUGUGCAGAACCGUAUCCACAUAGAAUUAUUGUUUGCUUGAAUGGUCAAUUUUAUAUUUAAAAAAAAAAAGUCAAAUGAGAUUCUAGUACACAUUUCGGUGGUCAUCGAAUUGCCAAAGCUCGAAAAGACAGAUUUAAAAAAAAGAGGGAAAAAACGCGAGACUCGAAAUAGAUUUUUUUUUAAAAUUUAUUUUACAUUUUUGUCUCAAAGGAUCAUUUGAAACGUUCACACAAUGUUCAGUCAGCUGAUUACCUUUUGUUUGUUUGUUUACUUAAAAUACCCCAUAUAAUUAUGCAUUCAUUAUGCUUGAUGACAAAAAAAAAAUAUUUAAAUUUAAUUUAAUAUGAAGAAUAUCAUGCAAAUUUAGCAAUAUAAAUGUCACUUUUUUAAGAUAAGAAAUUGA